AUGAACAGCGGUGGGACGACUGGAUGUGUCGGAGCCGGUAGAUUGGCGGCAGACUCCAGUGUGAAAGUGGUGGUUAUUGAAGCAGGCCAACACCAUGAAGAGCUAAAGAAUGUACACAGGGCUGGAGGAUUUAUUCAGCUCUUCGACAAAGAGACGGACUGGACUAUCGUUUGCGAGAAGGGCGCUUCUAUUGAUGACCGCCAGGUUGAAAUAUUCCACAACAAGUCAUGGUACCGCUGCUCCAAAAAUCCCCAUGGAUACGGUCCUCUUCGUAUAGAGCCACACGACUUAGCUUCUAUUUCAGAUCUGGUCCUGGAUUCGAUGGUCUCGAGGGGGUUUAAUCUGGAGGUACGACAUGUUCUCUCAUGGAGAGAAUCCCCACGGAUGCGGAAACGUACCCCAAGGGUUCUCCUUGAGAGAGACUCUGAUGGCGAGCUACGAGCCGCCGGUGUACUAGUCGGCAAUCCAGCUGGGACGAUAGCCAGACUAACGGCCACCAAGGAGCUCAUCGUCAGCAGUGGCAUAGGUGCCAAGAAAGAACUCGAGGCCCACGAUAUUGAUACCAUCAUUGAUAUUCCAGGGGUUGGAAAGAACUUGAUGGACCAUCUAAUCGUCUCAUCACCGCGGGAGCCGGGCCGCGACCCGAUGGGCUUGACAUCCAAAAAGCCUCAUAUUGAUUUUUGGAACACGAAAUACUAUUUGGGGCCGAAGCAGUUCGACUAUUUCCUAAUCGAUCACGAGUACGCCUUCAGUAUGGUAGCUGAGCUGUUCUCUCCGGUCACAAGGCACCUUCAAGCUAGGAGCGCUGAUCCUCUAGAAGGGCACAAGGUCGACUUCAACUAUCUGGCCGAUCUUUUGAAUGUCGAGGUUCUGGCUGAGGCAUGCCGCUUCGGCAACGAGGUUGUCAUGGAGGGAGAGGGCACACGAGAUUUCGUGACGAUCUCAUGGCCGCCGAACCUGACACACAAGUACACGACCUGGGAGGGUUGGGUACCAUACGUGAAGGAAAAUUCCACGACUUGUGGGAGUUUUCCUUUUGUGUUAUCAUGCCAUGCCGCUAAAAGGUGUGCCAUGGGCAGAGCGAACGAUCCUACGACGGUCGUGAAUGAAUUUCUGCGCGAAGACCUUACCCGCCCGUCAAGCUCGGUAUUACUCAACAGCGUCGUCGUCUUCUCAGAAGAGAGGUAUGCGCAGUCCUAGACUAGACUAACUCUGACAAGCGCGACCAUUUCAUUAGUAGAACGUAUAAGCUGGUAUCUAAAAUCUAAUGUGGCUGGUAAAUUAGCAUUCAGUUGCUACCGUAGUAGGAAUAUUGGUAGGUUGCGAAUACAGCUGUCCCCAAGGAACUAGGACGUCCCGUACAGGGAUCCAUAUAGUGUUCUUUACAAUUGUAG